CUCUGUGAGGCUGGGAAGACUGCAGCUGGGGAGGCCCAGCUGAGGCUGAGCGUGGGCACGGAGCUGCCAGUCCCGCCUGAAAGCUGGAAAUGAGUUCAGCUGGUCUCUCCCUCCACCGGGUGUGAGCCCGCCCACCCCAGGAGACCGCAGGGCAAAUGGCCCUGUAAUGGAAACUGGGAAGAUUUUAGGCAUCUGAUCAGAGCAGAAGCCAGCCUGGGCACAAGGGUGCUGAACAGGCAAAGCAACUCAAACUUGAAGAAAUGAAAUCCCCAAGAACAGCCACAUUAUGCCUCAUGUUGAUUGUGAUUUAUUCUUCCAAAGCGACAUUGAACUUGAAUUUAGAAGCUGUUGUUCAUCCUUUGAUUUUCCAGGAAUGGGAACUUGCUGAUGAAGAGCCACGGAGGCCAAAACGAGCAGUUGCCACGGGUAGCCCUGCAGCUGAGGAGUUCACUGUCGAUGUUGAGAUCAGUCUUGAGAAUGCAUCCUUCCUGGAGCCUAUCAAAGCUUACUUAAACAGCCUCAGUUUUCCAAUUCGAGGGAACAACACUGACCAAAUUACCAACAUUCUGAGCAUAGAGGUGACAACAGUCUGCAGCCCUGCUGGAAAUGAGAUCUGGUGCUCCUGUGAGGCAGGCUAUGGCUGGCCCCGGGAAAGGUGCCUUCACAAUCUCACGUGUCAAGAGCAUGGCAGCUCCGUCCCAGGGCACCGAUGCAGUUGCCUUAAAGAACUGCCUCCCCAGGGACCUUUUUGCCAACCUCAGGGAGCAGAUGUUAUUCUGAGAAUGUCAGUGAGACUAAACGUGGGCUUUCAAGAAGACCUCAGGAACACUUCCUCUGCCCUCUAUAGAUCCUACAAGACUGACUUAGAAACUGCGUUCCGGAAGGGUUACAGCAUUUUACCAGGCUUCAAACGGGUGACUGUGACAGGGUUCAGGCCUGGGAGUGUGGUUGUAACUUAUGAAGUCACGGCUACGACAGCGUCACCUGAGUUAAUGCACAAAGCCAACGAGCAGGUCAUGCAGAGCCUCAACCAGACCUACAAAAUGGACUACAACUCCUUUCAGGUUACCAGUAAUGAAACUAAGUUCUCUGUCAUGCCACAAGUAAUAUUUGAAGGGGAUACAGUCAACCUCACGUGUGAAAAUGAAGUGUUGUCUUACAACGUGUCUUGGUACCACAUAGAGCGACACUUUGACAUCCAGAACAGCAGCAAAUUCUCCAUUUCCACCACUGUGCUCAACAAUAUGACCUCAGUCUCCAGCCUCACCAUUUACAACAUCACCCAGGGAGAUGCAGGUGAAUAUGCUUGCAAACUGAUAUUAGAUAUCUUUGAAUAUGAGGCCAGAAAAAAAAUAAACGUCACAUCCAUCCAAAUUUGGGCAAAUGAAGAGAUGAAGGUGAUAUGUGACAACAGCCCUGUGUCUCUGAGCUGCUGCAGUGAGAAUAACGCUAACUGGAACCACGUAGAAUGGAAGCAGAAAGGAAAAAUCAGCAUCCCAGGAACCCCGGAAACAGACCCAGAUUCUGGCUGCAGCAGAUACACGCUGAAGGCUGACAGAACCCAGUGCCUGAGCGGGUCGUCGGGAACAACAGUCGUCUACAUGUGCGAGUUCAUCAGUCCCCACGGAGCCAGAGCCAGUAAGGACAUAAAAGUGACAUUCAUCUCUGUGGGAGAUAAUUCCAGCCUCAAAAGGGAAGUGCCCGAGGUCCUAAGGCAUGUGAUGGAAAUGAGUACAGUUCAGAGCACCACCCGGAACAGCCUAGAAACAAGUAAAGCCCAGGAGCAGCAAGCCAACCUAACAAUAACUCCGGACCCAAUUUCUGUUUCUGAGGGACAAAACUUUUCUAUAAGAUGCAUCAGUGAUGUGAGUAACUAUGAUGAGGUGUAUUGGAACACUUCUGCUGGCACUAAAAUCUAUCAAAGAUUUUAUACUGCAAGGAGGUAUCCUGAUGGAGCAGAGUCAGUGCUGACAGUCAAGACCUCCACCAGGGAGUGGAAUGGAACCUAUCAGUGCAUCUUUAGAUAUAGGAAUGUGUACAGUAUGGCAACCAAAGACGUCACUGUUCACCCACUGCCUCUGGAGGCAAAUAUCAUGGUUGAUCCGUUGGAAGCCAGUGUUCCCUGCAGUGGUUUCCAUCACAUCAAAUGCUGCAUAGAGGAGGAUGAAGACUACAAUGUAACCUUCCAGAUAGGCUCUUUGUUCAUUCCUGCUGCAAAAGAAGUCACUAUAAAGCAAGUGUGCUACAAACACAAGUUCAGUGCAGUCUCAGUUUCCUGGUGUUCAAAAACUAUUGAGGUGUUCUGUCACUUUACCAACGCUGCGAAUACUUCAGUCCGGAGCCAAUCUAUGAAGCUGAAUCUGGUACCUGGGAAGAACAUCACAUGCCAAGACCCCACACUGGGUGUGGGGGAGCCCGGGAAGGUCAUCCAGAAGCUGUGCCAGUUCUCAGACGUCCCCGGCAGCCCCGGCAGUUCUCUCGGGGGGACCAUCACUUACACAUGUGCAGGCUCCCAGUGGGAGGAGACGAGGAACAACUGCAUCUCUGCCCCGAUAAACAGUCUGCUCCUGCUGGCCAAGGCUUUGACCCGGAGCCCCUCUCAGGAAGAGAAGCUCCCUACCUACCUGCAGGAUCUUUCUGUUCGCACAGACCUGGUGAAACACGAAAUCCUCUCAUCUCCUGGGAGCCUGGGAGCCAUUAUUAACAUCCUUGAUUUGCUCUCCACAGUUCCAAUCCAAGUAAAUUCAGAAAUGAUGACGCACAUGCUUUCUACUGUGAACAUCAUCCUCAGCCAGCCGUCCUUGAACACCUGGAAGGUUUUACAUCAGCUACAGAUCAACCAUGGUUCCCAGCUACUGCACUCUGUGGAACGAUUUUCCCGAGCGCUGCAGUUAGAAGAUAAGCCCUCCCUGUCCUUCUGCCAAGCCAAUGUGCAGCUGACCAGCAUGGUCAUCAAACCCAGCCACCCUGAAGCCUAUGAACAGAGGUUUGUUUUCUCAGAGGCUGACCUCUGGGGCAACAUAAUCAUUGACAAGAGCCAGCUGGAAAACUUGGAGCCAGAUUCAUCUAUUGUCACUGUGGCUUUCCCAACUCUCCAAGCCAUCCUGGCCGAGGAUGAUCAGAAAAGGAAUUUUGCAAACAGCUUAGUGAUGACGACCACUAUCAGCCACAACAUAACCACGCCGUUCAGGAUUUCCAUGACCUUUAAGAACAACAGCCCUUCAGCGAGGGAAGCAAAAUGUGUCUUCUGGAACUUCAGCCUCGCCAACCACACUGGGGGCUGGGACAGCAGUGGGUGUCAUGUUGAAGAAAGCAAUGAGGACAAUAUCACCUGUGUCUGUGACCACCUAACUUCAUUCUCUGUCCUCAUGUCCCCUGACUCCCCAGACCCUGGUUCUCUCCUGGGGAUCUUGCUGGAUAUCAUUUCUUACAUCGGGUUGGGCUUCUCCAUCCUGAGCUUGGCAGCCUGUAUAGUCGUGGAAGCUGUCGUGUGGAAAUCAGUGACCAAGAACCGGACUUCCUACAUGCGCCACGUUUGCAUAGUGAACAUUGCUGCCUCCCUUCUGGUUGCCGACACUUGGUUCAUUGUGGUCGCCUCCAUCCAGGACAGUCACUAUGUGCUCUGCAGGACGGCCUGUGUGGCCGCCACCUUCUUCAUCCACUUCUUCUACCUCAGCGCCUUCUUCUGGAUGCUGACCCUGGGCCUCAUGCUCUUCUACCGCCUGGUUUUCAUUCUGCACGAGGCCAGCAAGUCCACGCAGAAGGCCAUUGCUUUCUGUCUUGGCUAUGGCUGCCCUCUCGCCAUCUCUGUCAUCACGGUGGGGGCCACCCAGCCACAGGACAUCUACACGAGGAAGGAUAUCUGUUGGCUUAAUUGGGAGGACACCAAAGCCCUGCUGGCCUUUGCCGUCCCGGCACUGAUGAUUGUGGUUGUGAACGUGACCAUCACAGUUGUGGUCAUCACCAAGAUCCUGCGGCCUUCCAUUGGAGACAAGCCGUGCAAGCAGGAGAAGAGCAGCCUGUUUCAGAUCACCAAGAGCAUUGGGGUCCUCACGCCGCUCCUGGGGCUCACUUGGGGCUUUGGUCUCGCCACCGUGUUCCCAGGGACCAGCCUGGUAUUCCACAUCAUAUUUGCCCUUCUCAAUGCUUUCCAGGGCUUAUUCAUUUUACUCUUUGGAUGCCUCUGGGAUCUGAAGGUUCAGGAAGCUUUGCUGAAUAAGUUUUCUUUGUCCAGAUGGUCUUCACAGCACUCAAAGUCAACAUCCAUAGGUUCAUCCACGCCUGUGUUUUCUAUGAGUUCUCCAAUAUCAAGAAGAUUUAACAAUUUGUUUGGUAAAACAGCAGCCCCAAAGGUCCCCCCCAGGCAAUGAUGGAAACCUUGUUAGCCGUGGCAGUUCUGCACUCAGAUGGAACGUAUAAUGUUUCCACCCCAGAGACAACCAGCUCAUCCUUGGAAAAUUCAUCUAGUGCUUACUCAUUGCUCAACUAAGACCAGGAAAAUUCAUCCCACGUGACCUCUUGAGAACUGUGGCUGUGCUUUGAAGAAAGAGAUCCUUCCAAAGCUGUGGGUAACAUGUUCUCUGCGCAGGUUUCUGGGAGCAGAUGCUGAAAAGACUUUUUCCUUAGAGAAGAGGCUUUCUUCUGUAAAAACAGACUAAAAGUAACUGUUACGUUUAUUUUUCUUCCCCCACCCCACCCCUGAUGUGACACUAAAUAUGUAUAGUAUUUAAGUGAAAUGCAAAUCCCCCCAGGCCCAACUUCCCUGUCUAUAUUGUAAUAUAGAAUUUUGAAAGACAUUUGUACUUUUCACAUAGUGGGCACAAAGAUAAGCUUUAGCUAAAAUAAUAAAUAAAAGGCCAGUCCCUAGGAAAUGUUUCAGUGAAUUCUAAGAAGGAAGGAAGGAAGAAAUGGGGAAAGGGAAGGAGGGAGAGAAAGAAGAAGAAGAGAAAAAAGAACAAAGAAAAGACUGAAGAAAAACAACAUUAAGGGCCACAUUUGAAGAUUUCCAUGUUAAUGAUCUAAUGUCAUCAGUUAGAUACUACAGCAUGGAGAAUUUGGUAAAAUGAAAAACCGGAAGUAAGCCGCAGGGAAUGAGUUCAGUAUCUUCCUGAUACCUUCUUAGCUGAAAGGAGGGAAAAGGUCCGUGGUAAAAACAGGGAGGAAGUGACAUCAUCGGGAUGCUUUCAAGUGGAUAAUGAUAUUUAUAAGACACAGGUGGAAGCAGGCACAAUGCUCUUGAUGCUACAUGCACACGUAUGUGCCUUUGCCAAGGUCUCAGCCAAGUGGCGUGAACAUCCAGAGGACAUAUGACAAAGAUCCACCUUAUCAGAUCCAACCAGAUCCAACUACUCACUGAAUUUUUUAUAAUUCAUCAGAAAAGCCUUAUAUUCUUCAGUUUGUUGCAUACUUUGAAAUCCAAAAAUAAAUAUUUUUUUGUACCCUUUAAUUGCCAAAUGUUUGCAAUUAAACACAUGGGACGGCAAUCAGACCCUAAUUGCCAUGCACUUAACAGCUUUAAUCAGGUACUUCUCUGUGCAGUACAGAGCAGAUCUGAGUCAUCUUCCAGCAUUGUGUAUCACUGUCCUUGUUCCUGUCAUUGUUACUGUGCAGAAUGGCCCUCGGUGUGUUGUAUAGCUCUCCAAGGGUUAUCUCUGUCAGUCUUUAAUUCCCAGACCAAUACACCCUAGGAGUUUUGCACGGUCUAAGUUGUGUUUAUUCCAAUCCCCUGGAAAGCUUCUGGAAAGAAAUGUGAUGGCUAGGGCCACUCCGUUCUCCUAAUAAUGCUUUACCUUGAUGAACAGACGGCAGGGCCUUUCCAAAGCAUUUGAUUGGUGGUGGAUUAACUGUGUGCGUGUUUUGUUCGUGUGUGCGUUUUUCAUUUAAAAAUACAAAUAUUUGUUGAGAUUGCAUUCAUAUUAGAGUUA